AUGUCGCACCGCAAAAGCAGUUUAUAUAGCAGCGGAUGCUCCGUUGGGUAGCGUCGUCGCAACAUUUGAUUUUGGUAAAUAUUCCAUUCCACCACUCGUGAUUCGGGACCGCUUCCCGAGGGAACGAACGUCUUGUUCACAGUAAUUCCAUCCCAAAAAGUACACAAGAAGGCCCACUUUUCCUCCCUAUCUUUCCCAUGACCUCCUCUGCGCGCCUCAGGCGACUCGGCUCGGCCGUCGGAGCCGCCGUUGCUACCGCCUACGGUGGCUCGAUUCUUCUUCAUCCUCCGAUCUCUGCCAGUGAUCAUGGAGGUGGCCCUGCUCAGCUUGCCGCCAUUCGGCAGAAGAUCUAUGACCCCUACGCCGUUGUUCCCUCCAGAGACGUCCAGCAAUCGGCCUUGAUCGGUGCCAGCUCGGCCAAUCCUCUGGACAUACUUGUUAUUGGUGGUGGCGCCACCGGUAGUGGUGUGGCACUCGACGCUGUGACCCGAGGACUCCGGGUUGGUCUCGUUGAAAGAGAGGAUUUUUCUUCUGGAACUUCUUCCCGCUCCACGAAGCUCAUUCAUGGAGGUGUCCGUUACUUGGAGAAAGCUGUCUUUAACCUUGACUAUGGGCAACUGAAGUUAGUAUUCCAUGCACUUGAGGAGCGUAAACAGGUUAUUGACAAUGCACCACACCUAUGCAAUGCUUUGCCUUGCAUGACACCAUGUUUUGACUGGUUUGAGGUAGUGUACUACUGGAUAGGAUUGAAAAUGUACGAUUUGGUCGCAGGAGCACGACUCUUGCAUUUAUCAAGAUAUUAUUCUGCAAAAGAGUCUGCUGAACUCUUCCCUACUCUAGCAAGGGAGGGGAAAGGUAGAAGCUUGAGGGGCACAGUAGUUUAUUAUGAUGGGCAGAUGAAUGAUUCAAGACUUAAUGUUGGAUUGGCUUGUACUGCUGCGUUAGCUGGUGCAGCAGUACUGAAUCAUGCAGAAGUUAUCUCCUUUCUGAAGGAUGAUGUUGGUGAGCGAAUAAUUGGGGCACGAAUCCGAGACAAUCUAUCUGGCAAAGAGUUUGAUACGUAUGCAAAAGUAAUUGUGAAUGCGGCUGGGCCAUUUUGUGACUCUGUAAGAAAAUUAGCUGACAAGGAUGCCAGAGCUAUCAUCUGUCCCAGCAGCGGUGUACAUAUUGUACUUCCUGAUUAUUAUUCUCCUGAAGGAAUGGGCUUAAUUGUUCCUAAAACUAAGGAUGGCCGUGUUGUUUUCAUGCUACCAUGGCUGGGAAGAACUGUGGCUGGAACCACAGAUUCCAACACCCCCAUUACAUUACUUCCAGAACCACAUGAAGAUGAAAUACAAUUCAUUUUGGAUGCCAUCUCUGAUUACCUUAACGUUAAAGUAAGACGCACAGAUGUUCUUUCUGCUUGGAGUGGAAUUCGCCCAUUAGCAACGGAUCCAUCAGCAAAAAAUACCGAGAGUAUCUCCAGGGAUCAUGUUGUUUGUGAGGAUUAUCCUGGUUUGGUCACUAUAACUGGUGGAAAGUGGACCACCUAUCGCAGCAUGGCAGAAGACGCAGUUGAUGCAGCUAUUAAGGCUGGAAAGCUGAAUGCUGCUAGUGGAUGUGUGACCAGCAACCUGCGUCUUGUUGGUGGUGAAGGGUGGGAUCCCGCACAUUUUACUGUUAUUGCGCAACAAUAUAUGCGCAUGAAAAGAUCACAUAAUGGUAAAAUUGUUCCUGGAGUAAUGGACACUGCUUCUGCAAAGCACUUGUCUCGUGCAUAUGGAAUAUUGGCUGAACGUGUGGCUGCCAUAGCUCAGAAUGAAAAUCUUGGUAAGCGACUCGCCCAUGGCUACCCGUUUCUGGAGGCAGAAGUGGCCUACUGUGCACGUCAUGAAUAUUGCGAAUCUGCUGUUGACUUCAUUGCAAGAAGGUCUCGUCUCGCUUUCCUUGACACUGAUGCUGCAGGACGGGCACUACCUCGCGUUAUUGAAAUAUUGGCUGCUGAGCACAAAUGGGACAGGUCAAGGCAGAAGCAAGAGCUGAAAAAGGCUAAAGAAUUCUUAGAGACUUUCAAAUCCUCAAAGAAUGCUCAGUUCCAUGAUGGAAAACACAAUUAAUUAGUGAGCGUUUUCGUUAUCUAUCCCUUAACCAUAUACAGAAAUUUUCGUGCCCCUUAAUCACAUACAGAAAUUUCUCUGUUCAUCAUCACCGAGUCUAUCUCUUCUUGGGUCCAUGAGGGACAAACAAGAACAAUUGUAAUGAUCUAUCAUUUAAUAAAAUUUCUCGGGUUCUUGAACU